UAGAGUCACCCAUUUCACAACACAUUGGCACUCACAAGUCACAACAAUCCACAAACAAGCACCUUAAAAAAACAUUCAGAAGCAGAGCAGAUCGCUUCCAUGGAGUGCGCGACCGGCCCCACCACCUCACACCCUCUGUUCCGCCGCCGCCGGUGAUCAUUCCACCACCCUUUCUUCCACUCCCCUCCUUCCCGACCACACACUCCCCAUCGCGUAGCCAAAAAGCCUCACUAUCGAUCCAUGAUCUAAAGUCCCCUUUAACCUCACCUUUCACUUUGAGAAAUCACUAGAAGAAGUGAUAGUACGACAGUGAUGAAUAGCUCUGGGACACUCAAGUCUUCAAGUUCUGAGUUGGAUCUUGAUCGACCCAACAUUGAAGAUUACCUCCCAUCAGGAGCCCUUAUUCAACAAGAACCUCAUGGCAAGCUUCGCCUGUUUGAUUUGCUAGACAUUUCUCCUACUUUAUCUGAGGCGGCGGGUGCUAUUGUAGAUGACACAUUCACGAGAUGCUUCAAGUCAAAUCCUCCUGAGCCAUGGAAUUGGAAUAUUUAUUUGUUUCCUUUGUGGUGUUUUGGAGUUGUGGUUCGAUAUUUGAUUUUGUUCCCUUCAAGGGUUCUAGUGUUAACAAUAGGAUGGAUAAUAUUUCUUUCAUCCUUCAUUCCAGUGCACUUCCUAUUGAAAGGACAUGACAAGUUGAGGAGAAGCAUUGAGAGGACUUUGGUAGAGAUGAUAUGCAGUUUCUUUGUUGCCUCUUGGACUGGAGUUGUCAAGUACCAUGGGCCAAGGCCUAGCAGGCGACCGAAACAGGUUUUUGUGGCCAACCAUACUUCCAUGAUUGAUUUCAUUGUCUUAGAACAGAUGACUGCAUUUGCUGUUAUUAUGCAGAAGCACCCAGGAUGGGUUGGAUUAUUGCAGAGUACCAUUUUGGAGAGUGUAGGAUGUAUCUGGUUCAAUCGUACAGAGGCAAAGGAUCGAGAAAUUGUGGCAAGGAAGUUGCGGGAUCAUGUCCAGGGAGCUGACAACAACCCUCUUCUCAUAUUUCCUGAAGGAACUUGCGUGAAUAAUCACUAUACAGUCAUGUUCAAGAAGGGUGCAUUUGAACUUGGCUGCACAGUUUGCCCAGUUGCAAUCAAGUACAACAAAAUAUUUGUAGAUGCUUUUUGGAAUAGUCGAAAGCAAUCAUUCACUACGCAUCUGUUGCAGCUAAUGACAUCUUGGGCUGUUGUUUGUGAUGUUUGGUACUUGGAGCCACAAAAUCUGAAGCCCGGAGAGACAGCCAUCGAGUUUGCAGAGAGGGUGAGAGACAUAAUCGCACAUCGUGCUGGCCUAAAAAUGGUUCCUUGGGAUGGAUACCUGAAGUAUUCUCGUCCUAGCCCAAAGCAUAGAGAAAGAAAGCAGCAGAACUUUGCCGAGCUAGUGCUGCGACGCUUGGAGGAGAAAUGAUGUGAUCCUUUGUAUUUUAUGCCUCUCCAACUCAUAUAUUUCACUUGUUUUAAUUUUAUUUUUAUGCUACUAUUUAUGACAUUUAGGUUCUUUAACUGAAAUUUUUGCACGCUGCCUUGGACACACUGGUGGAAGAUUUACAUUUUAAGGAUGAAUUUUUUUGGUGGGGUCGUAUCUGAA